GCCCAACCCAUUUUUCAAAAAAGUAUAAAGGUGGCCUUUCCCUUUGCCUUCCCAACACAUUUACUGCUCUGUCAAUCAGUGUAGGACUUUUUUUCUCUUUACCAUAUCAACCACCUCUCAAGCAGCCACAAUGACCCAGCUAGAAACAUCCAUGGCCAUAAUGAUGAAGGUCUUUGACACAUAUGCUGCUGCCGAUGGCAAGCCCGGCAGCCUGAGCAAAGCCGAGGUGAAGACUUUGCUGGAGAAGGAGCUGCCUCAACUGAUUAAGGGAGCAAAAAACAAAGACGAUGUAGACCAGAUGAUAAAAGGUCUGGAUUUCAACGGAGACGCUGAGGUCGACUUUGAGGAAUUCGCGGUGCUGGUUGCUGCUCUCGCCUGUGCCUGCCACGGCCGCAAAGGCAAGAAGUGAGCAGGGUGACCACGCCCUUGGGUGAAGCCAAAUAUCAGCUACAACGACAUACAAUCCCUGCAGUUACUGUUUUCUGUUACAACUCAAUAAAAUGAUACAUGUACCUGUG